AUCCGGAUCUUGCGCCACUUCCUCCACGUGGUCUGCGCCCAAACUCCCGCCCGGAACAGUUCUUAUUGACUGUUUGUGUCCUGGCUUUUGUCCCGAGUCAGAAUGGAAUCAAAUAAUACAGACUCAGACGUGGAGUAUUUUCUUGCAAACCGAGAAGAAUUGGAGGGUGCACUUAGUGUUUUGAUCGGAAGCGACGGAAAUAACUGCUCUUAUUCCCGGGGUUAUGUGAAGAGACAAGCUGUGUUUGCCUGCAACACCUGCACUCCCAAUGCUGAAGAGCCUGCUGGAGUGUGUCUGGCCUGUGCUAAUAAUUGCCAUGAUGGACAUGAUGUCUUUGAGCUGUAUACUAAAAGAAAUUUUCGCUGUGACUGUGGAAAUGGGAAGUUUGGAGAGUUUCAGUGCCAGCUGAUUCCUUCAAAAGAUGAAGAAAAUGUUAAAAAUCUGUACAAUCACAACUUCAACGGCUGCUACUGCACAUGUGACAGGCCUUAUCCAGACACAGACGACCAGGUCAACGAUGAGAUGAUACAGUGCGUCAUCUGUGAGGACUGGUUCCAUUCUCGGCACUUAGGUUGUACUUUAACGGAACCUGAGGAGCUGGAGGAGAUGGUGUGCGAGGCCUGCAUGAACAAAGCUCCGUUCCUGUGGACCUACGCUGCUCAUUUUGCAGUGCCACCAGUGGUAAACACGAGUCAGCCUGAGGAGCAGGGGGAAGUUGAUGUUGAGGACUCCAAAGACAAGGAAGAAACCUCUGGACCCAGUCACAGAAAUGGGAAUGAGGAACCUUCCACCAGUACUGAGCAAAAGAAGCAAGAGGAAGCGGUAAACAGGAGUUCUCCUUGCAAACGGACCCAUGAGGAAAUGACAGGCGACCUUGUGAAACCAAACAAAGUGUCUGUGGAGUGCCGGCUAAAGGAGCUGCAGGUCCAGGGGUUGGAGAGGCCGAAGGAGGGGGCUGUGUUCUGGCCUUACAGCUGGCGUUCUAAGCUCUGCACCUGUAUAAGCUGCAAGAGGGCCUAUGUCGCUGCUCAGGUGCCCUUCCUCAUGGAUCAGUCCGACACCAUCCUGGCCUACGAGAAGAGAGGCUUCGAUGAACCGUUCGGGCUCCACCCACUGAUGGCUUUGACAGACUCAAUGAGUUGUACACAGCAGCUGGAGGUCAUUUACGGUGUCAAUGAGGUGAAAACUGCCAUUUUAAGUGUUGUAGAACAGUAUGCAGCUAAAGGAAAGACCGUCAGUGCAGAAGUUGUCCGUCGGUGUUUUGAUGAGUUGCAGGAUAUAAAAAGGCGCAGAACCAAUGCUGGAAACCAGUAACGGUGAAGACACUGCUGCCAUCUUAUACCUGGUUCAUGUGGUGCUUUCAAUGAAUGUAACUUCUUCCUGCUGAAUAAAAUAUCUGUUGCUGCAACCAAUGUGAUUUAGAAGCUUGUAAAAAAAAAAGAACACUGAGGUCCAUGUUAAUCUAAAUUGAUGCCUUAUAAUACUUUGUAAUGAAAGUUUGUUCUUACUUGACAUUGUUUGCACAUUUGAUACAUCUUUAAUUCUGUUCUAGCUUUGUAUGCUUUGAAAAGACUGUCUGUAAUACUGAGAAUAUUUCACAUUAACUUGUAGCUGCCGCAUACAUUACUGUGAACGUGUUGCACUGACUUUCUGAUUGUAUUAAACCCAGUGGAGUGCAAAUUU